AAUCGCAAUCAAAAUGGUAGAUGCAGUAACAACAGUUACAGCAGGGAAAAAUUAGCGAUAGUUCAAGUUUUGUAUUGUUCACAGUUUUUUGUGACAUUAAAAAAUUAAGAUGUCGUUAACAUCAUUGUAUGACGGUGUUGGAUUUGGAGACUCACGUGAACAAGAUAAAGGCUUGGACGCUGUUCAAAUAGCUGGAUGGUCAGAUAAUCUUCAGUUCAUGAAAACACAGCUGCAGUUAAAAAAGGCAUCUAAAGCACCAACUACAGGAGUGAGAGCUGGCAAAACUUUGACAAACUCUGGUCCUGGAACUGUCACUUUGGCUAAUUUAACUGGUACAAGUGAACCAAAAAUUGUGCUUAUCGACGAGUAUAAUCCGCUACGACCGAACGACUACGAUGAUUUCAAAGAACGAGCACGCGUAAAAGAAGACGCUGAAAAGCGCGAAAAGGAGAGAGAGCGUGAGCGGGAAAGACGUGAGAGGGAAAGAGAAAGAGAUCGGUCAGAUGAUCGGAGCAAGGAUCGUGAUAAAGAUGACAGAAGCGAUCGAAGGCGACGAGCUGGAAGCAGUGAACGCGAUGACCGUGACGAUCGGGACAGAAGAAGAAGACGAGAUGAGGAUAGACCAAGAGACCGUGGCCGUGCUGCAAUUGCACCUCCAGCAUCCUUACUGGAAACAACACCUGUUAAUCCUGAAUUGAUUCAAAAGAAAGAUGGUGCAGGAACAGGCGGAUUCUCGACUGGCAACGUGAUUGCAUCACAAAUCAUGGCUAAAUAUGGCUGGAAAGAAGGGCAAGGAUUGGGCCGUGAAGAGCAGGGCCUUUCAACGUGUUUGCAGGUCGAGAAAACAGGCAAGCGUGCCGGCAAAAUUAUCAAUAAAGAUGUUGAGAAAGCGAAACAACAAAAAGACAAACCGCUCUAUGAUUCACCAACGUCUGCUUCAACAGAAGAUGCAUCGAACGAAACAAAUAUCACGGAGAUGAUGAAAAACCCCUCAAAAGUUGUAUUACUCAAGAAUAUGGUCGGUCCCGGAGAAGUGGACGAUGAACUGCAACCGGAAAUAGAAGAAGAGUGUGCAACGAAAUAUGGAGAAAUAGUAAAAGUUAUUAUUUUUGAGAUACCAGGUGCUGCAGAAGAAGAAGCAGUGCGAAUAUUUGUUGAAUUCAAACGUAUGGAAGCUGCAAUAAAAGCUAUCGUUGAUUUAAAUGGUCGAUUCUUCGGUGGUCGUUCCGUGACGGCAGGUUUUUACAACCAGGAAAAGUUCAGAAGACUGGAUUUAGCUGGCUGAGUAUAUUAGAUACGACAAUAGUAUACCGAAUGGAUAAGGGCGUUUUUACGCGGGGAAUUCGUGAUUCGUUUACAUGUGGCAUAAACAAAUAAUCGGAAAGUUUAUUGUCAUAUAAAGCAUGAAUUUAAUAUUCUUGUGGACAAGCGUGAUAGUAAAUUGAAGCCACGCUGUUAGAUGUAGAAAGUUAUGCAAUUUUUUUUUCUAUCUUACGAAAUGUUGUUCACGUAAAGCAUUGGAUUUUGUUGUACAAAAAAGAUCUCUUAUUCUAAAGCCUCAAGAAUUGUUUUCUUUAAUGAGUUUAACCUUUAUCCGUAUGUGGAAGUAAAACUUCACUUAAAUACAUACGCAACAAUUUCGGGAAGUGCGAAAGUAUUGUCUUUUCGUUUGCUCUUAAACUAUUUUCUUUACUAAUCUCAACAGUUAUAUUUCUUUUGUUCUAUUUAUGAAAACAAAAAUGUGGCAAUGUAUAGAAUUUGAAGCAGUAAGGGUACAAAACCGCUGCGAGAACAUAUUUUGUAUUUAUUGCGGCUGACCUUUUUCCAAAGGAUUUUUUAUUUGAAAGUCUUUAUAGAAAGGAGAAAUUAAAUAUACUAAAUAUAAACAAA